CUUAAGAUUUCCAUAUUUCAAUAUUACAAUAAUAAGUGAUUGUUAACGUAUAGCUAUAAUUUUCAUUGAGAAAACGUCCAUAUUGUACAUGAAACAAAGAGUAUGAGAGCAACAACUCAUCUCUUGCUCGUAUCUUUCUGGUAUCUAAGCACCAUAUGUGCUGCUUCAAGAAUAAAUGAUUAUCUCAGAACAGUGACAAUAGAAAGUACAACACUUUUAAAGACCAUAACAGUUGAUAACCGAACUGGAGAUUUGUAUUUUGGUGGUUCAAAAAUUAUUGGACAACUUGAUAAAGAUUUACGACUUAAAUAUCAGUUUUAUUUUAAUAACUCAAAGGGCGAUGAUUCAAUCCAUGAUGACAUUUCUUUGCUGCUAGUUCACGCAAAAACGAAAAAACUUUUAUCUUGUGGAACGCAUAAACACGGAUUGUGCAAGUGGCACAGCUUAAAGAAUAUCAGUGUCUUCACAACCUUGGAUUCCGAAAAGCCAACAAACUAUCUGGGUAGCAAUGAAACUACAAUUGUGCUUCCAAAUAGUGUUAAGGGCUGUCGACGAUGCCUGCUAGUCAUGCAACCAGUAAAUGGUUAUCAAAAUGAAACUAAUGAUUUUAUUUCAACAAGAAGAGUAAGAAGCAAACGGCACCAAUAUGGCAUCCCUAUGGCUUUUGAGAUGAAGACUGGUUUUGUACAUAUGUUUUCAGGAUUAAAUGUUGAUCCUUUGAUUAAGAAAUCGGUUUAUAUGAAGCCCAUUUAUGGAUUCAAUGACGGACAAUUUUCAUAUUUUCUGCUGUUACAAGAAAACCCAGACACUAACCAAAUAGAAACGAAGUUAGCAAGAAUAUGUUCUGAUGAUAAACUAUAUUAUUCCUAUGUUGAAAUAGAGCUUCGCUGUAGUUUUCAGUUGUUUGGUGUGUACAAAAAGGCCACAUCUGCCUACAUGAGUGACGGUCAUUUGUAUAUUUCGUGGGUUCAAGGAAACAGGACGUCUGAAGACCUAGACAAAGGAUCUACCGUUUGUGAUUUUUCUGUAGCAGAACUGAAUAACUUCUUCACUCAGAUGUUCCAAAGAUGUUUCAAAUAUGCCACAGGUUACCAACCAUUCUGGAUGUCAUCAAAGCCUAAAAAGUGCGAGUUGAAUUCUAGAUCCGAUCCACUAGACUGUGGUCGACCUACACAACAAGGAUUAAGUGGUGGUGGAUAUUUGAAUAAGGUAUCAUUUUAUCACCUGGAAUCCACGAUACGAUCUCUUGUAUCUGUAACACAGUCUGGUCAACCAAUAGUUAUACUAGCUACAUCUACAGGACAUAUUAAAAAGGUAUUGGUGUCCGGAUUUCGUGACAGGAAACAGGAAUAUUUCUCCAUGAAUGUAACUGAGGGUAAUAUAGGAUUACAGGAGACUAUGUAUUUACAUAACGAGACUCUGUUAUAUACACUAGCAAACAAUAAGAUAAUAGAGUUUAACAUAACAUCUUGUUCCAUGUAUAAAACGUGUAGUGCGUGUUUAUCAAUUCGAGAUCCUAAUGGCUGUGGAUGGUGCAAUGGUCGGUGUUUAAGAUCAGAUGAAUGUCAACAGUUAAGCGGUAAACCUUCCACUACGUCAUGCCCUCCAGUUAUACAAUCUAUUCACCCAACAGAUGGUCCUACAUGUGGAGGAACACUUGUCACGAUAUAUGGCGAUUAUUUUAACUGGGAUGAGGAUUCUAACAAAGUAGAUAUAGAUAUAACUGUAGCUGACGUCGUAUGUACAUUGAAACAGUGGAGUACUAAAAAACUUGUAUGUAAGACGCGUAGAGCACCUAGACCAAUACUAGGUAUUGUGCACGUGACUGUUAACAAGAUAUCACAUGGUAUCAGAAGACCAUACAUUCUACAGGGUUCCACAAAAUCAACACAAGUGUUUCAAUUUAAGGAGGUUAAUGUUGAAUCAUUUGAACCAUCUUAUGGCCCAAUAUCCGGCGGAACUACUAUUACUCUAAGAGGAAAACAUUUAAAUAUUGGUAUUAGUAGAUAUAUUAUGAUAGGAAGUCACGAGUGCCAAGUCUUACAGUUUUCGUAUGAUAUGCUACAAUGUAAAACUUCAGCAGUUUCGACCGGAAGCGAUGUCGGUAGUUAUGAAGAAACAACAGCAGAGACUUUUCUACGGUUUUAUAUUGACAAUGGAACUGUUAGGUCUGAUUCUAAAUACCAAUUUGAAUAUCUACCAGAUCCUAUUAUAACCGGUAUCUCGCCGAAAACAACAUUUUCAAGUGGUGGGGUGCCAUUAACUGUGUUUGGUACCAAUCUGAACUCAGUUGCUGAUCCGAUGUUAAUUUAUAAUAAUAUCUCAAAACAAUAUCAGCCAUGUUACACAAAACCAGAUGGAUUAUCUAUGAUAUGUACAGUUCCUUCAUUACCAACAACUACCAACUCAGAUGAACUGAAACUACAUUUUAAACUAGAUGGUACCAAUGAACAUACGUGCGAAAUAAUAACCUUUUUAUCGGAUCCCGUUAUCUUCCCAUUUCAAGAUGGGAGCCAAACGCUAAUGGUGGAAAAUGCACAAUCUGUUAAUCUUGAGUUUUUAGGUGCUAACUUAUCAUCAAGAUUUAAUGUUGAAGAUGUAAAUAUUAUGAUUGGAGAUAGGCCUAUGGUGUGUAGUGUCAUAUCUCUGAGAAAUACUACGAUGAUUUGUACAUUAUAUUAUACUUCUAUUUUCAAUGAUACCAAACAUCCGGUCAAGGUGGUCAUAGGAAAUCUGGAAUUCUACCCUGGUACUGUACAGUUUAUGGACAUGGCUCUACAAAUCAUCAGUUUGUGGUGGCUAAUUUUUGUUCCAGUAUUACUUAUUAUAAUCAUCAUCAUCGCAAUCAUCUUCAUCAGAAACUGGCGUUCUCACAAAGGAAAUAUCCAAAACGGGUUUAUGUCUCAAAAAACUAUUGUUUACAGAAUCCCUGACAUUCGAGUCACCGGUGUUGACGAUGAUAUGUCCCAGUCACUUAACAGUCUGGAUGAUAUAGAUACGCAAUCUUUUGACAGAUUAACUAGCUCUACUCUCUCAAUAUUCCAAAAAGACAAUUUGAUUAUUCAUCAACAACAUAUUAUAAUACAAGAAGAAAUCGGAAAAGGUAAUUUUGGAUGUGUGUAUAGAGGGACUUAUUUAAACCCAGAAAGUGAUGCUGGAACUGAAAGCAUUGAAGUGGCGAUUAAAACAUUAAAACAAAAGACACCAGAUGAGAAAGAAUUAAACACAUUUUUAGAGGAGGCGUUGAUUAUGAAGGAUUUUAGCCACGAGAAUGUAUUAAAACUGAUGGGUGUAUGUCUAGCAGACCAAGCCAUUCCAUAUGUCGUUUUACCUUUCAUGAAAAAUGGAGAUCUUCUCAGUUAUAUACGGAACCCUGGCAAUAAACCAACCAUUAAAGAUUUGAUACUGUUUGGGGUUGAUGUGGCAAAGGGAAUGGAUUAUUUGGCUAAGUCUAAAUUUGUUCACCGUGAUCUAGCUGCUCGAAACUGUAUGUUGGAUGCUAACCUUCGUGUUAAAGUUGCUGAUUUUGGUUUAACACGAGAUGUUUAUGCCCAGGAAUAUUAUAGUUGUAGAGAUCAUAAAGCAAGAUUACCUAUAAAAUGGAUGGCCGUAGAAAGUAUACAAAAAGGGACAUUUACCUCUAUGUCCGAUGUGUGGUCGUAUGGAGUUUUAUUGUGGGAAUUAAUGACCAGGGGAGUUAACCCUUAUUCUGAUGUCGAUAUGUGGGAUAUGCAGCGAUAUUUAUUAUCAGGUAGAAGAUUAGCCAGACCAGAAUAUUGUCCAAUAGAAAUGUAUGUUAUAAUGGAGAAAUGUUGGCAAGCUGAUCCGGGUUGUAGACCAAGUUUUAGCAGCCUUGUUACUGAUAUACCCAUUACGUUAAAUACUCUAGAAACAGAAGAGGAAGGUUUUAAAAACUCUUAUAUUAAUCUUGACGAUAGUUGUAAAUAUAUAUAUCCAGAUAUUCAUAAAAUAUGAUUCUAUAGUUAAUUUUAUCUUAAACCUAUUAAAGAUACAUUAUGGGAGAUUCGAUAACGAGUUUGCAGUUCUCGCUAUAUUGGUUAAAAACUGGAUAAUGUAAAGGCAAUUUCAUUCAAAUUGAUCCACUAUCAACCGAGAACUAAGUGGUUGAAAUUUCCGGAUAGCCUUGAUCAUCAUUACUAAAGUCAGUACGAUAAACAGCAUAGUCUCGAUUAUCCAUUUAAUCGUUAAAUCUUGAAGGAAAGUUAUGCAGUAAAUCGGCUCAUAAUCCACUAAAGAUCGCAGGCUAGCGAUGCUAUCUAGAGUUGAUUAUGGUCUGGAUAGGUUAAUUCAGGCCUAAAGCAAGAACUGCAAUAGACAGAUUUAUCUCUUGCAUAAAUUAUGUUUAACAUUGACGAUAGUUCUAACUAUCACAAUUCAGAUGCCUACAAUCCAUUCUAUGUAUUAUCAGCUAAAGUCGAAAAGGUUAAAAAAAAUCAGGCGCCGUCGAGAAUUUUACUUUAUGGACAAGUUUGGAAAUAAUUGAUUUAUUUGAUAGAAAAAUGAAAUGGAAAUUAGCGUGAAUUAAGUCAAAAAUAUGCAGGCCAAUAUAUAGGCCUAUGUACACGUGACCUCGGUUUUUCGUCCCAUCCGAACGAUUAUACAUUGUCCCGUGCCAGGCCCUCUGCCCUGUAUGCCCUACCACUGACAAGGGGAAAACCACGCCAUAUGACUUGUAAAACUAGACAUCAUUCGCUCAGAUUAUCAUCAGUGUAACAGACUAUAGACCUAUAUGGAUAAGAUGUCUGUUGAUAAAAUCUAAAUAUUUAUAAGAUGUUUUUGAGCCCCAAACAUGCCUUCGACUUUACCUUUACAGCUUAUUACUUUGUAGAUUUAUUAUAUUAAAGAACACAUCUAUUUUAUACUGCCAUUUUGUAUAUUUGAUACUGCCAAUUUGUAUAUUUGAUACUGCCAAUUUGUAUAUUUGAUACUGCCAAUUUGUAUAUUUGAUACUGCCAUUGCUAUAUUUUUAUAUUCAUUUGUAUUAAUAAUAUAUUUUAAUUAUAAAG